AUGCCUGGAGAGACCAAGUCAAAUCCACAGACUGAGGAGGGCCAGAAAGGGUUUCAACGUGGCGUAAAAGCUCGUUUUUACCAGUAUUUCAGGAUCACAAGCUCGUUUUUGUAUGCAGCUCUGGUCGCACGAUGGGCGAUUCUGUACCCUCUUGUUGGGUCAAAAUUUCUGCCUGGAGGAAUCCACGAGUUUCUAUGCUAUUUGAUAGUCUAUGCGGCAACAGCUGAAAUACUUUGGAACUUCGUAUUCCACGGGUUGACGAAAACGGCUCUCUCCAGAACCAUGCUGAAAAACGUCAACUUGCUGUAUUUUGUGGGUAACUUCCAUUUCUACGACGACUACGAGCACGCUCUCGUUUUGAAAAGUGGCGCGUAUUCGAGCUUCAUAGUCGCUCUAGGCCUCAGCCAGACCUAUUGCCAUUGGUGUAAGCUGUUUCGGUCGCCCAGGCAUAAACGGAGAACAUUUUUGCAGACUCUCGACACGUUUGUGACCUUGCCGGUGUUAUACUUGAGCGAGGGCUACUUGCUUCUGCUGAAUUUGCAAACGCCGAACUUCCAUACGGAUCCGUGGCUUCAAAUCGUUAACAAAGCAGUUCUGGUUGCAUUUAUACCCAUUUGCUUGCAUUCGCUCAAAAAACAAGUGACGUCUCUAUAG